AUGGAAAACCCCCUCCCCAAAAGCGUCAAAGUCCGCUCGACCUGCAACGCCUGCCAACAAGCCAAGAUCCGCUGCAGCCACGAGAAACCCGCCUGUCGACGCUGUCAGAAACAUAAUCUCACCUGCGUGUAUAGUAUUUCGCGCCGGUUAGGUCGGCCCGCGAAGAAGAAAGAUGGGGAGGAUGGGGAGGGGCAUGCGACGGGACUUGGCGCUGAGGCGAUGGACAUGGAUCCCAAAGAGCAUGGGCAGCGGGUGAAAAGUCCGAAGAAGCAGAAGAAGAGGGUCGUGGUGGAUGAGGAGAGUACUCUGGAUGUGUUGGAUGAGGGGGCGUUGCUGUUGGAUGAGGUGGGGAUGGGUGGGAUAGGAAUGGGGUUGGGGAUUGGUAUCGGGAUUGACAUUGGGGACACGGGAGAUCCAGGGGGCUUGCAGAUGGAUGGGUUUGUGGAUGCGAGCCCCACGGCGCUUUUCUCCGAUGGCGGGAUCGAUCUCUCGUCCGAUAGCUGGCUGCAUGAGUUCAUGUCCAAUCCGGCGGCCGAUCUGGCGCAAGAGCGAGAACUCUUGGAUUCUCUCGGGCUCAGCAGUAUCAAGCCCGAGAGUACCAAUGCGGGAGAUUCUCCCGAGAUGAAAGAUAUCCCCAAAACAUUCAUCGGGGAUGAUACUUACAUCGCUCCAGCCAGCUUCGAGCAGGACCCCAUCGAGAAUACCGGUAUCGUGGACACCCAUCCCGAGAAAUACAUCAAAGAGGAGAGUCUCGCCUGGCCACAGCCAUUCUCAGCAAUGGACGACUUCACGGCCCGAUCGAUGGUCACGGAGAGUGCCUUUACCCAGACCAAAGUAUCCAAGCGCCCCUACUAUGGCUUCCCUCCCAGCGAGAUGAAACCUCCCGCGAUGCUGGCGCCACAGCAUUACCAAUGUCAGUGCCACGAGAAAACCAUCCAGGAUCUGAUCCGAGUCAAUGUGUUUGCAUCACGCGCGAGCCCCUGUCUCACGAUCGAUUCCCUCAUCUAUUGCCAGCGCGUGCUGCAGCAGUUGUCCGAGAUCAUUCUGCAGUGUUCGGUGUGUUACCGAGCCAGACUGAAUGUGCUCAUGGUCGUGAUCGUCAGCAUCGACAGUUUACUGAGCGCGCUCGAGCCCAUCACCUUGAUGGAGGCCAACGUGGUGGACCGACUGUUCAGUGGAUAUCACGACCAACUGCUAUCCGACUAUAAGGCAGAAAUCGCAGGCAACCCCACGCUGCGACGCUACAACUUCCAGUCCAAAAGCCAGGUAGAGGCGUGCUCAUUAAAAGUGGGCACAUUCUGCGUCGCAUAUGAUGACAAGUACUUCUUCAUCAAGAGCUUGUUGCUGUACUGGUUGGAGAAACUCGGGGGCACGGUCCAGCGCAUCCGUGUUUGCGCAGAAAACAUUCAGCCCAUGCAGCCCUCGCAAGGCCGAUUGCUCCUGAUCAUGGAAACGGGGCGGCGUUUGGAGUCGGUCAUUAAGCAGACGCGGCGGAUGUGAG